UAUUUGUAAACAAAAAAAAUGAAAACCAUAUAUUCUAUCUCUUCUACUUCAGUGAUGAAUUACCUUGUGUUGGUUUAUCACAAAUAAACCUAGUAAAGUACAUAGAGGUUUGUGGUUGUAAUGUGACAAAAUGAGUUUAAGCUUAAGAAGCAUAAAUACUUUUCCAAUUUGCACCUUUGCAUGUCUACCACUGUGCCUCACAAGUAUAGAGCUCUCGCCACUCCUCGGUCUGGAAUGAAGUUUAGCUUGAUCCAACCUCAUGUCCCUUCCGGCUUCCUGUUUUUAACAACGUUUAUUGUUCUGUCAGCUCACAGAGAGCUUUAAACUGUGAUGUGAACAGGUCGUAUUUUACUCAGGCAAAUAUGGCUCAUGUGCGAACUCCUAGGGAUGAAGAUAAAUUUUUCUGUCCGAUCUGUCUGGACCUGUUGAAGGAUCCGGUGACGAUUCCUUGUGGGCACAACUACUGCAUGCGAUGUAUUCAACGCUGUUGGGAUGAAAAGGAUCAGAGUAAAAAUUACAGCUGUCCUCAGUGCAGAAAGAAUUAUAAAGCCAGGCCUGAUCUGGCAAAAAACAUAAUUUUAGCAGAAGCAAUGGAGCAACUUGUAAGGAGCCGAUCCGAUCCUGAUCUCGGUUCCUCUUCUGAAUGUGACGAUAUGGAUUUAGGUGCAAGAACCAAGCGUAAAUCCGCUGAAAAGAUCCAGAAGAGCAUCUGCUCCUAUCACAAGGAAGUGAUGAAGUUAUUCUGCCGCACUCAUCAGAGGUGUAUCUGUUGUCUCUGCUCAGUAGAGGACCAUAAAGGUGAUGACAUAGUUUCAGCUGAAACAGAGAGGAUUGGGAGGCAGAGAGAGCUUCAUUUGAACCUCCAGAAGAUACAGCAGAAAAUCAAAGACAGAGCAGAGGACAUUAGGAUGCUUCAGCAGGAGAUAGGGACUUUUAAUGCCUGUGCUGAGGAGGCAAUGAGGAGAAGCAGUGAGACUUUUGCUGAGUUGAUCAAGCUGUUGGAGAAAAGAAGCUCAGAUGUGAAGCAGCAGAUCAGGAAGCAGCAGAAAACUGCUGUGAGUCAGAUCAAAGAGUACGAAGGAAGGUUAGAGAAGGAGAUCUCUGAGCUCAGAAGGAGAGCUGUGGAGCUCCAGCAGCUGUCUUACACAGAUGAUCACACUCACUUCCUGCACAGUCUCUCCAUGCUGGGAAAACCCAAUGACUCCAUGGAUUCACUCAAACUGAAAAAACAUCCUCUGUGUUACUUCAGGGAUAUGACAGCAGCAGUGACUGAGGCUGGAGAAAAGCUGAAACACAUUGUUCAUGAGGAAACCACAAAGACAUCAGUGAUACAGACAGAGCUGAAUGUGGUGGUGUCACCAGCUGAGCCCAAGACCAGAGCUGAAUUCCUACAACAUUCACAUUCGGUCAGCCUGGACCCAAACACGGCUCACAGAAAACUGCUUUUAUCUCUAGGAAACAAGAGAGUCACACGUGCUAAAAAAGACAUAAGCUCUCUUCACCCUGACAGAUUCACAAAGUGGUUCCAGGCUCUGAGCACAGAGAGCUUUACUGGCUGCAGUUACUGGGAGGUGAAGUGGACUGGAAGAGUUACAGUAGCUGUAGCAUACGGAUGUAUGAGCAGAACAGGAAGGGGGAGUGAAUUUGGCAACAACAGGGAGUCCUGGGCCCUGGACUGCUACAGAGACUGUUUUGUAUUCAGACACGAUGGAACAGAAACAUGUUUAUCAGGUCCUCAGUCUUCCACAGUGGGGGUGUACCUGGAUCACACAGCAGGGAGCCUGUCCUUUUUCAGCAUCUCUGACAGCAUGGCUCUCCUCCGCAGAGUCCAGACCACAUUCACUCAGCCCUUACAUGCUGGGCUUUGGGUCGGUGUUUGUGAUGAAUCUGCUGCUGAGUUCUGCUAAUAGCUUUGACUAGAGAUCCGGUCCGGUUGUUGUUUUCAUCUGUGUUGGUCAGCAAACUCUCCUCC